UCCACGUGAUGUCAUAAAUGGCUGGGGGUGAGACACCGGUGUAUGUGAGGAUCAGUCUCCUGCUGCUCCGGUUGGGGGUGUUUCUAUUCCUUUCUGGAUCAUCCUCCAUUGAGCACUCCCAACACCAUGGUCUUCCAGAGGUGGUGGUACCCUUGAAGAUAACAUACACUGGCAGCGGCAUGAAGCCUUCUGGAUGGCUCUCUUACAGCCUGCGCUUUGGAGGCCAGAGACACAUUCUUCACAUGAAAGUCAACAAGCUUUUGUUCUCUAAACACCUACCAGUGUUCACCUACACAGACCAGCACGGGCUAACAGAGGACCAGCCUUUUGUCCAGAAUGACUGUUACUAUCAGGGUUACAUGGAAGGGGAUCCAGAAUCCCUGGUUGCCCUCAGUACAUGUUUGGGGGGCUUUCAAGGAACAUUACAGAUACAUAACGUUGUUUAUGAAAUCAAGCCCAAAAGGCUUUCUACCUCAUUUGAGCAUCUGCUAUACAAGAUGGUAGAUGAGACAGAAUUUCCACCCAAGAGAUGUGGAUUAACAGAUGAAGAAAUAGCACGACAACUGAAAUUUCUUCAAGAGAGUGUUAAUUAUACUUUGAAGCAAAGUGGAUAUGUUGGCUGGUGGACUCACAGGCGUUUCCUUGAACUGGCAGUGUUGGUAGACCACGGUCGGUAUCUUUAUCACCAAAGUAAUACCUCAAGUGUGCAGUCUGAAGUAUGCAUGGUUGUCAAUGGAAUAGAUAACUUUUUACAUUCACUGGAUGUUAAUGUGGUUUUGAUUGGAAUCGAGAUCUGGUCUGAAGACAACCUCCUUCCAACAACAAACAUAAGUAUUCUCUUGGAAGAAUUUUGCAUGUGGAAGGGAAAAAGUUUUAAUACCCGCUUACCACAUGAUAUUGCACAUGUUUUCAUAAAGGAAAAUUACGGCCGCCUUCUUGGCUUAGCCUAUGUUGGAACUGUGUGUAAUCAACUUUAUAACUGUGGGGUUGAUAGCUUUCUGAAUGACGAAUUGCAAGAGUUUGCAUAUAUUGUAUCACAUGAGAUUGGUCACAAUCUGGGUAUGCGACAUGAUGAUAAAAUAUGUAAAUGUGGAAGUAGAAAAUGCAUAAUGUUUCCAAGUAAAACUGUGGCAACUCGAUUCAGCAACUGCAGUUAUGCUUCAUACUGGAACGUUGUUGGCAACGUGAGGUGCAUGCACAUUUCACCAAAUCCAGAGAAUAUCUUCAGGCAGACACGCUGUGGGAACAGUGUGCUUGAAGAAGGAGAAGAGUGUGACUGUGGUUCCACAUAUACCUGUGCAAAAGAUCCCUGCUGUCAGUCAGACUGCACUCGGAGAGUUGGGGCUACUUGUGCUUUUGGCCUUUGCUGUGAGAACUGCACGUUCAUGCCAUCAGGCUCCAUGUGUAGGAAAGAAGAAAAUGAAUGUGAUCUUCCAGAGUGGUGCAAUGGGACAUCCUAUCAGUGUCCAGAAGAUGUGUACAUGCAGGAUGGGACCUCCUGCACAGGCGGUGGUUACUGCUAUGAAAAGAGAUGCAAUGACCGCAAUGAACAGUGUAGGAAAAUUUUUGGCAAAGAGGCCAAGAAUGCAAAUGAGAAUUGCUACAAGGAAGUGAAUAUGCGAGGUGACCGUUUUGGUAACUGUGGUCUCACAGCCAGUUCUUAUAUACAAUGUGGAAUCCCAGAUAUUCUGUGUGGUAGGGUUCAGUGUGAGAAUGUGACAGAAAUCCCCCGCCUAAGAGAUCAUUCUACUGUGCAUUGGACUCGAAUAAAUGGAGUCAACUGCUGGGGUACAGACUACCAUCUUGGGAUGACCAUACCUGAUAUUGGUGAAGUGAAAGAUGGUACAGAGUGCGGUGCAAAUCAUAUCUGCAUGGAAAGGAAGUGUACUUUUAUGCCCAGUUUCGAAAGUGGCUGUUCACCUGAGACCUGCAAUAUGAAUGGAGUCUGCAACAACAGACAACACUGCCACUGCAACUCCGAGUGGGACCCUCCCCACUGCCAGGAAAAAGGUACUGGAGGUAGUGUGGACAGCGGCCCACCGCCAGGCAGAGAUGAAGUGCAGGACCACCGUUACCUGCUGCUAUUUCGCUUGACUCCUUUGUUUUUCAUGUUAUUUUGUUUGUUAAUGUGGCUGUUUAAGAAACUAAAAGAAUUAAUUGGGCAAGAAGAGAAAAGUGCUCCAGCUGAACCUCAGUGAGAAGGACAAUGUGUUGAGACAAUACUUAAGGAAA